AUGGCUGGAGCCGUUUCAGCGCUUUUCAUUCUCGAUAUCAAGGGCCGCUGUUUGAUCAGUCGUCACUAUCGUGGUGAUAUUUUAUCCGUUGAAGCCGAGAGAUUCUUCACAAAACUUCUUGAGAAUGAGGAAGAUAUUGAGGCUCAAGGUCCAGUAGUAUUUGAUAACGGCGUGUCUCACAUAUUCAUUCGACACAACAAUGUAUACUUAAUGGCUGUAUCCAGGCAAAACUGUAACGUUGCUAGCCUCAUUGCAUUUCUCCACAAGUUAGCCGAUGUUUUCGAGUAUUAUUUCGAAGAGUUGGUUGAAGAAUCUCUUAGAGAUAACUUUGUUGUAGUGUAUGAAUUACUCGACGAAAUGAUGGACUUUGGUUACCCACAAUAUACCGAAGCAACGAUUUUAAGCGAGUUUAUCAAGACUGACGCUUAUAGGUUGGAAGUUACACAAAGGCCUCCAAUGGCUGUAACCAAUGCGGUCUCGUGGCGAAAUGAAGGAAUAUAUUACAAAAAGAAUGAAGUAUUCCUGGAUGUGAUUGAAAGUGUUAACAUACUAGUCAAUAGUAACCGACAGUUGAUUCGGUCAGAAGUUGGCGGGGCGUUAAAGAUGAGAACGUGUUUAAGUGGAAUGCCUGAGUGCAAGCUUGGGCUUAACGAUAGAGUUCUAAUGGAUGCACAAGAUCGGUCUUCAAAGGGGAAAUGCAUUGAUUUAGAAGACAUCAGAUUUCACCAAUGUGUACGUCUAGCGCGCUAUGAAAAGGACCGCACAAUAUCUUUUAUUCCUCCUGAUGGAUCAUUUGAUCUAAUGACAUAUAGGAUUAGCACUCAGGUGAAACCGUUAAUUUGGGUUGAGGCUCAAAUCGAAAAACAUGCGAGAAGUAGGAUUGAGAUGCUUGUAAAAGCUAGAAGCCAAUUUAGAGAGCGAAGUAACGCAACAAAUGUCCAAAUUAGCAUACCCGUGCCAUCCGAUGCUACAAAACCAAUUGUUCGAACAACAAUGGGAGCCGCUUCAUAUGCUCCUGAACACGAUUCGCUUAUAUGGAGAAUAAGGUCAUUCCCCGGUGACAAGGAGUAUAUGUUAGGGGCCGAGUUUAGACUCCCGAGUGUCGCUUAUGAAGAUCCAACCCCAAACAAAAAAACUCCUAUACGUGUGAAGUUUGAGAUACCGUAUUUUACUGUAUCUGGUAUACAGGUUCGUCACCUGAAGGUUAUCGAAAAAAGUGCUUACCAGACACUACCAUGGGUGAGAUACAUAACAAUGGCUGGUGAAUAUGAAAUAAGACUACAGUGAAACCCGGGUCAAACUCGAGAGUUGACCAGUUUCCAUAUGUGAAAUAAGUCUCAACUCUUAACUGCUACUUUAAUGUCUAGUUUAAUACAUAGAUUUGUAACCAAACAAACAACAUUACUGUAAUUUGUUGUUGGUAUAAUGGUUAGUCACAUAUGCAUGUUACUAGGAGACAAGAUUGUGUGUUCAAGCCUCCACCACUUCUCAUUUAUUUUAAAGAUUGUGACUUUGUACCGUAUUCAUUUACUACAGUACUGUUGGGUUGAUUCACAGAUACUUUUUUUAUCUAUAUCCCUCGUGCUUUCUAUAAAAAAAAUGUUUUGAAUAUUAUUUUAAAAAUCAUACCGGUUUAAUAAUAAUUAGAUUUUUUGAAUUAAGUGAAUUUAGAUGUAUUUAUUGAAAACAAACUUUGGGCACUUUGACCUUGUUCCACCAAUUCGACUAACUCAUCCUUCAACUAUCACGUUAUGGUUUAAAAAAUGUGAUUAGUUGAUUUAGGUUGGACCCCAUCUUACAAUUCUCUCACGGAGAUUAAGGGGGUAAUGCCUCCCCUUUUGGUGCCCCCUUUAACCAGCAUGACAUGAUGUUUAAAGUUUUGGGUGAGGUGGCAUGGGUGUCACAUCACUGCCAAUGAGACAAUAAACUUUAACUAACACAUUCUUUAACUAUCACCUUGCGGUUUAAGAAAAAAAAACAAAAAAGAAAUUGUGAUUGGUUGAUUUGGGAUGGACCCUAUCUCACAAUUCUCUCACGAGCGUUAAGAGGAUACCUCUCACGAGCGUUAAGAGGAUACCGCCUCCCCUCUUGAUGCCCCCUUUAAUCAAGAAUGAUAUGGUGUUUAACCUACGUUAAAUACACGUUAUCACAGCCUUUAAACAAACUUACAAAAGAAUACCGACAACCACCAACGCCGCCGCCACAACCAUAGUAUCGAAGCAAGCACGAAAACCAAAGCGAUAUGUAUUACACAAUCCAACCACUGUUGUACCAUCAUCGUCACCAAAGUCCACAGAACCAAAGAGACCCAGGCAUAAAAGAUUUAAGGACGUUGAAGAUCCGUCGCCGCCAUAAAUGGCCAGAAAUGGCCAGUAAAGCCACGCGCAACGGUGGACAAAAUCCCCUCUCUGUUUCUCUCUCUACAAAAUGAGGCAACUGCCAUAGACGGCCAAACGAAAGCCAAAGGAACCACGCAGGUCGCGGAAAAUGAGUGAAUAGAAAACAAAUAGCCACACACAAGAAAGUAGCCACGCACACGAAAGUUGCAAAUUAAUAAAGGGUUAAUAAGAGUAUAUUAAACCAAAACCUGCUAGCCAUUGUAACCAAAGAUAUUCAAUAACCGUUGAAAAUUGACCGAACCAUCCAAAUUAAGCUAAAUCGGUCAUCCGGCUAAGCUAGAACUAACAUAUUUAAGUUCACGUUUUGAAAAACAUGGUUUCACAGUUCGAACACUUUAAGUUAAAAAAAACUACACCCAAA